UCCAGCUCUCUCCAGUCCGUUCCGCCAACGGAUCCCUCCGCUAUGACUGCCGACGUGGAGGAGAAAUCGCCACCCAAAGGCGGUAUGAAGCAGCUUGUGGCCUGUCGCAUCGAAGGUCACAAGAUCCAGAAGAGGUUGUCGCCCAAGAAGAAAGCUUUGGACCCGCUGCGCUAUCUGCCGGACGGCGGCGGCUACUACGCGCUGUUUACUAUCGCCGCGUACUUUGAGACUGAAGGGGAUGAAACUACAGAGCGGAGGCAUGUGGUGCAGCGAAGCUACAAACAGAUUUGCACGCUGCACUCUAGGCUGCUGAAGACAUAUCCCAAGUCAAAUCUGCCGAAGGAUUUACCAUCAAUGCGCAACAAGAGAUACGACAACGAGUACAUUGAAGAGAAGCGCAAUGAGCUGACAAAGUAUUUGGCACAACUAAUGCAAAUUCCGGAAGUAAAGGCGUCGAACGUGCUGCGCGACUUUCUAGAGGCUUCGACGGCUGCGGAAGACAGCAGCGACGAUGAAGAUGGGCCUGUGGCUCCGUUGAGAAUGCUGGAAGGGCUUCCGGGCACGAUUAUUACGGUGAGAGCUGGCCAAUCAUUCUCAGUUACAUUGCCACUGAGUGCCGCGGGGGAUAUUGCAUCGUGGCAAUUUACGACAAAAAAGCACAAUAUUGGCUUCAGUGCUACGUUUGGCGGAGAGAUGAUUCGUGCGUACUCACGUGAAGGAGCAGAUGUGAAGCCAAUAACGGGGUUUUACCGGUGCACCACUCCUGGAACGUGCACACUUACGUGGGAUAAUACGUAUACUUGGAGUAAAGGCAAGGUUUUGAUCUACUGGGCGGAGGUGGAAUCGCACAAUGAGCAAAACACACAAAGUCACGCUUCUGCUACCUCUCAAGAAGGAGCUGUGUCGACUGAAAAGACAGAAGCGGCGCCGACAGGGAGUGGAUCUGAUGCUGUGGAUGUGGACAAUCGUCGGCUCGGCUUUAUUGAGCAUACACGAAGCAAUUCCAUGCAUCCGCGGCAUCUAGUGAACUCGUCCAUUUCUCUCCUCUCAAAGCCAUUCGUGCAUGGCCAUGGCCAUGACGAUGGCUCUGCACAUGGAAAAUCUCGACGGUUGAUCCCUGGGAGGACGACUUCAGCACCAGCACUUUCGAUUCCGAGCUACUUACAAGCCUCGGAACGCGGUCCUCAAAUGAAAUCUGGAUCGCUUAUUAUUCAGCGCAGUGUCAAGUUUCGAGGACGACAUUGGUACCGAAAGUGGUUCGUUCUAGACCCACGGAAAUGUGUUCUACGGUACUACGAUUCGGAGGCUGCUGCUCGUCGAGGGUUGUCGUUGGCCAAGCUCAACCUGACAAACAAACAUGCAUCUCUGGCUAUCACUAGUAGGUUAAGUUUGGACGCUGCUCCUACGCCCUACAUGUUUCUAAUCCGUACCAAGAAGCAUUGCUGGAAGAUCUGUGCGCCUUCGCAAAGCGAGUACAACGCGUGGGAGAACGCCAUCUCGACGGCAAUCUUGACUGCGCAACUCUCACGUCGAGGUAGGAAGAGUAAGAAGGCGAUGGUCAAAGCUGCAAAGAAGUCGCCACUGGUGCGAAAAGAUUCACAUGCAAGUGAAUCUGAUGACGAGACGCCCAAAUCUGAUAUGGCCACAGACACGAAUGGCAAUAAUGAGGUGGCAACAAUGGGUUCCUCUCGGGACCCAGACCGACCACUGAGUCCAAUUGAAGAAUCAGACGACGACGAUGAUGACUCGGACAAUAAAGACGAUGGCGAUUCUGAUGAUGACGAUGAGUCUGAGUCCGAUUCUGACGACGAGUUGCAUGAGGGCGACGAUAUCGAAGUUGUCCCACCAAUGACGGACAUCGAUUCACCGAUAAAUAGCCAAGACGAGGCCGUUGGAAGCCUGCCAGACUUGCAAAACCUCCCAUUGGAAUGGAAGCUUGGUCUUGUAGCCGUGUUUAACGUGGCGCUCUUAUCAGUGCGCUCUGCCCCCGUUGUUGUCAUUGUGCUGGUGCUGUUUAUCAUAAACUGGUACUUGCUGCUUAAGUACAUGAAGGCCACAAAAGACAAUGAAAUGGACUCGUCAACGGCGAAACCUAAGGCGGAGUAA